AUGUCCUUUUUCAAAAACAUCUCAAAGGAGUUUGGCAUCGGCGACAAGAAGCGCGACGAGCCGCAGCAAGGCCAGCGAGACUACGGCUACCAUGGCGCCCCCGAGCAGCAGGGCGGCGGCCCUCCUCCCGCCCAGUACUACGCCGCGCCCCCGCAGCCCGCCUACCAGCCGCCAUCCGACAAGCCUCCUUUGCCCGGCGGCUGGACGCCCCAGUUCGACCAGCAGCACCAGCGCUGGUACUACGUCGAAGAGGCCACCGGCCAGACCCAGUGGGAGGCUCCCGGAUAUAGCUCUCCGCCGCCUCCCGUAGACAGCCGCCCCGUCGACAGCUCGCAGGGCUACGAUCAAGGCGGACACGGCGGCUACCCUCCACCCGGUGGAGGACACGGUGACUACGCGACACCGGGCGGGCCGCCCCCCGGCUACGGCGGGCAGUCCUACCAGGCUCACAGCGAGGAGACCAAGGGCGGCGGCAAGGGCGGCAUGCUUCUCGGGGCCGCGGGCGGUCUCGCCGCCGGAGCUGCGGGCGGCGCGCUCCUCCACCACGCCACGAGCGGCCACAGCAACAGCGACGACGAAGGCGAACACCGAUACGCGCCCCCUGCCCAGCCCCCAAUGCCCUACGAACAGCAGCAGCCCGGCUUCUACGGUGCCCCGCCCCCGGUCCUACCGCCCACAGACGAGGACGGCAGCUCCGUCUCUUCGAGCGACCGCGACGACGUGGGGGAGGCACGCCGGAAGUACGAGGAGGCCGCUGCCAAGGCGGCUGACUCGAGUUCCAGCAGCAGCAGCAGCAGCAGCAGCAGCAGCAGCGACGACGAGGAUCUACGCGAGGCUCGAGAGCACUACGAGGAAGAGUACGAGGAGGCAUACGGAAGCGGCGAUGACGACGACUACUGA